UCCACCAGCUUAUUUCUGGCUGGGGGAUAGAUUUUUUUUUUUUUUUUUUUAAUAUUAUCUUUAUUUAUUUUGACUGCGGAUUUAAAAAACCAAUUGUAUUUAUUUAUUUUCAUCAUUACUUUCAUUUCUUCCCUGGCGGCCCGGGGGUGCAGCCGGCCGCCCCCUCUCUGUCCUCCGGCAGCUCGGCGCGGCUCCCUCCCUUCCCCGCUGCCCGAGGGGCACAGAGCCGCCAUGAACCUCAACUUCACGUCGCCCGUGCACCCCGUCUCGACGGCCAGGCCCACCUCGUUCUUCAUCGAGGACAUCCUGCUGCACAAGCCCAAACCCCUGCGGGAGGUGCCCCCCGAGCACUUCCCCGGCUCCUUGGCCUCCCGCGUGCCCCUCUUGGACUAUGGGUACCCCCUGAUGCCCACCCCGACCCUGCUGGCGCCUCACCCGCACCCCGCCCUGCACAAGCCGGAGCAUCACCACCACCACCCCUAUUUCCUCACCACCUCGGGAAUGCCGGUGCCAGCCCUUUUCCAGCACCACGCUCACGCCGAGCUGCCCGGGAAGCACUGCCGCCGCCGCAAAGCCCGCACCGUGUUCUCCGACUCGCAGCUCUCCGGCCUGGAGAAGAGGUUUGAGAUCCAGCGGUACCUCUCCACGCCCGAGCGGGUGGAGCUGGCCACGGCCCUCAGCCUCUCCGAGACCCAGGUGAAAACCUGGUUCCAGAACCGUCGCAUGAAGCACAAAAAGCAGCUGCGGAAGACGCAGGACGACCCGAAGCAGGCGGGCGGGGAGGAGAGCCGGGAGCAGAGCUCCCCCGAGCCCGAGCUGCCCGAGCCGGCCGGCGCCGAGCCCCGCAAGGGCCCUCCCGGCCCCUUCCUGCUGCAGGACCCCGAGGACGAGGUGGACAUCCUGGAGGAGGGGGACAUCAGCGCCGGCCCCCACCGCCUCUAGGAGAGCCGGGGCUCUCCUGCCUCUCCUUGGCUCUGCCCCGGCCCCGCGGGGCGCCCCCGCCUCCCCAGCCUUGGGAACGCGCACAGGGAAGGGGGGCACGGCUCGGGAAGGGGGUGUGGGUGCGGGGGGAGCCCACUCCCCUCCCCGGGGCGAAGGUGGCGGUGCCCCCGAGGGGGCCGGGACCCCGCGGUGCCGCCGGUGCUCCCCAGCAUCACCCCAAGCCUGGGCUGUGCUCGGAAAUCUGGUGCGGGGAGAGUAAAACCGAGUUUGCUUUAGGUUCCCCCUUUCCUCCGAAAAGUGUCGGACUUUUCCUCGUUCCCCGAACUUUCCUCGGGUUUAAAAUAAAUGUAUACUCGUGGCAGCAUGUUGUGGUUCCUGGGAGCGGCAGGCAGGGCGACUUGCACCCUUUAUUCCCCAAAUCCCCAAAUCCUCGCCGCUCUUUCCACGCUCGCCGUCUCCAUCCCCAGUGCGGGAGGUCGGGCAGAGCUUCCGAGACGUGCAUAAAUAAAAAGAAUUGUAAGAAAAGCCCUCGAAGAAACAGGUAAGGCAAAAAUUCCGGUUUAUUUCAUUCCGCUGUGGGGAAGGGAAAGGGGAGCAUCACCAAUAACUCGAUCCUGCCACAGCUGCACGGAGCAAACGGCGCUCCCAGCCAGAAAAAAGGGAUUUUCUACAGCUUGCAGAAGUGUCGGCAGCCUGAUUCCUGCCCGGCUUCCAGGUGUGGAUCCCAGAUAAUUCUCUUUUGCUCUGAAACAGCCCCGGAGCGGGUCCCGCGUUUGGCUCCUGUCCCCCCGCCUGCAUCUCCCCGCUUCUCCCUGCGCUCCGUGUCGCGCUCAGCUGGAGCAGCCCCCGGCCUCGCUCGCUUUGCCUUUACCUUCCUGCCAGGGAAAUGGGGUUCAUUUCCAGGUAAAUUCAGAUUUUUAUAAUUUAUUUUUGGUUUUGGGCUGAGCUGCUGGCUGGGAAAUGCGCCGGGAGCGCGGCGGAGGCUCCGCAUCUCCGGGGAGGAGAUGGCGGGAUUGGGACUUUCCCCGGUAGAAACCUGGAGCGGGGGCUGUGCUGGCUCAGAUAUUCCCUGGCAGCCCCCGCUGCAGCAGCAACACGGCGGCGUGGCGGUGUCUCGUUAGGUUAUUUAAUUUAUUACCUUGUUUUUUGGUUUUUAUCGGGAAUUUCAUUUGGUUGUCUGGCGUUAUUAGCACUUUCAGGGCUUUUUGGAUCAUGGGACAUGUCGUUUUGUGAGGAGAAAAACGUUUAAUUUUCCUGUUUAAUAUAUAAAAUAUAGACGAUUGAAAUGUG